AGAUCGUAUUGUACCGGCUAUCGAAUGACUACGGCUGGUCUCGCUUUAACGACUACGAAAAAAAGGAUGACGCUAUUCAAGGGCUGAUAUCAGCCUUGUUAGACUACAAAAUAUGGAUUCUGGUGCUCUACGUAGUCGCAGCCAUCGCGGGCAAUUUAUGCGUCAGAAACGGCCGAAGGAGAGCUGUUCCCAUCUGUUUGGGGCUAUUUGUGAGCCUGGCCGGCUCCGGUUUUGGCCUGGCCGCCCUUCGCCACGGCGGCCCUCCGAGCCUGACCUUAGUAGGGAUGGUUCUGUGUCCGUUGGGUGCCUACUUUUGCUACACGACCGCCCAGAUUUGGGUAGCAAACUGCGUGCCGUGGGAACGGUCGAAGAGAGCGGCGUGCAUUGGACUCGUCGGAACCCUUUCGCGCGCUGGCGUCUUAUACAACAUCUUUAGGCCGCCGAUAAGAAGCGAUUCGGAUUAUAUCGGUGUCGCUACUAAGUAUUUCGGCAUAGUAGCUGGCUGCUCCAUCGUAGCUGCAGGACUCGCCUGGUGUUUGCGAUGGAGGCUGGGUGAGACGAAUCGGCGCUUGAAGAUUUGCCGGAACACACUGGUAUUAAGCAGCUAUAGGGCCAAGAUGAAUGCAGAGUUUUAUGACCCAAGCAAUUCCUAUCUCUUCCCACGCUGAAGAAGUGGCGCGGGAAUGAGGCGUGCGCAGCUUACAUUAGUUGUG